AUGCUCCCCCACCCCUCAGGCUCCCUCCCCAUCCUCCUACUUUUCCUCCUCCCCAGUGUCCCAAUGGAGCCCCACGCCUCAUCCUCACCCCUGCCCCCAUUUCCAGUCCCCGAGUGGGACCUCUUGUCCCCCCGCGUAGCCCUGUCCAGGGGUACCCCCGCUGGGCCCCCUCUGCUCUUCCUGCUGGAGGCUGGAGCCUUUGGGGAGCCAGCUGGCAGCCCGGCCAACCGCAGUCGGCGGGGGGUGAGUGGGACGGCACCAGCGAGCCGCCGCGGAGAGCUGGCUGUGUGUGAUGCAGUCAGCGGCUGGGUGACAGACCGCCGGACUGCUGUGGACCUGCGUGGGCGCGAGGUGGAGGUGCUGGGCGAGGUGCCUGCGGCUGGCGGCAAUCCCCUUCGCCAGUACUUCUUUGAAACCCGCUGCAAGGCUGACAGCGCUGGGGAAGGUGGCCCCGGUGGGGGUGGAGGAGGCUGCCGGGGUGUGGACCGGAGGCACUGGGUGUCUGAGUGUAAGGCCAAGCAGUCCUACGUGCGGGCAUUGACUACCGAUGCCCAGGGCCGUGUGGGCUGGCGAUGGAUUCGAAUUGACACUGCCUGUGUCUGCACGCUCCUCAGCCGGACUGGCCGGGCCUGA